AUGAGUAUAAGUUCAGGAAACGUAGAGCAAGAGUAUGUACACUCGAUCUAUUCUCGACUGGCAACCUAUCAACAAAAAGAGCACAAACCAUCGUCACCUCGUAUCUGGCCUCGUGUUCGUCAGUUCGUUGACCAGCAGACUAUAGGUAGUGUUAUUCUAGAUGUGGGAUGUGGUGAAGCAAAAUAUACAUCUCAAAAGAGCCAUGUCAUCGGUUUCGAUACAUGUUCUGAGGUGUUGAGCUCGAGUAAAAAGGAGAAUAUUGACCUAUGUUUGGCUGACGCCGUGAGCAUUCCAAUACGUGACAACAGUGUCGACGCUAUUUUGAAUGUUUCUGUGAUUCAUCAUUUGGCAACAACUGCAAGAAGAAGACAAGUUCUUCAAGAAUGUUCCCGUUGCCUUCGUGAUGGAGGUCAAAUGCUGAUUUAUGCAUGGGCAUUUGAGCAACCUAAUGGAAAAUUUGCUGCUCAGGAUAUCCUCGUUCCUUGGAACAUGCAUGAAACUGCUAUUGGAGGUCGACUUCCAAAAGUGAAGUUUCAUGUGAAUACUACGAAGGAACAAAGAGUUAUAGCAGCAUCGAUUCCAAUCAAUAUUUCGGACGGUUCUGUUGCUCAAAGAUGGUUUUCUGGAGUUUUGAAUAAGGUCACUUCUCUCGCAGAUCAAUUGCCAUAUUUUUCGAGACGUUGCCCAAGUUCUCCUAGCUACAGUGACCAGAGCACACCAACAGGAUCAGUGUCCUCUCCAAUUCAGAAACUUCCAUCUGCUGCUCCACAAUUUCUUCCCACUACAAAUUCAUUGAUUUCUGGAAUCAAACGAUGGAGUCCAAUGCUUGGGAGACGUUUGGCAUCUCUCUUGGUUCCCGUUGAAGAACAAUUCGCAGAAGAACUUUCACAAGUUAUCAUGAGAGAAAGUGUUACUGAAGCGAUGGCAACUCUAAGAGAGGUCACUUUCUAUCGAUUUUACCAUGUUUUUAAAGAGGGAGAACUGGCGGAUCUCGUUGAUUCGGUUGAGAGUUUGAAAGUUGUCUCGACAAGUUUCGAACAUGGAAAUUGGUGUGUAAUUGCUGAAAAAGUUCCAGCUAAUCUCAUCCGUCCAUGA